UACUCUGCUGCAUCGUACCCUGAGCCUGAGGCCUGGCAGAAGCCUCUGUGGGGGAGAGGGUGGGUCCAAGGAUACUGUACUACCUAGAUUCCUACAGGCAGGAGCUUAGCAGAGAUGUUGAUUAAGCCAGUACGAGCCGAGGGGAUUGCGAAGAGGGGUGACUGUAGGAGGUGCUGACGUCCCUGUGAGGAACUCAGUGGAUGAAAUGACUGGACACUGGAGGAGCCACAGACCCCAAGACACAGAGCUCUAGGAAGGAUCCCCGCCUCUCCCGAACCCAGCCAAUUCUCAUCAGGCCAAAAAUUCAGGAAAAGGAAACUUGUGAGAAACCGAAACCAGUGGAGCAAGGGCCGACCCACAGAGCACUCCAUCCUCUCCACCCUUCGCUGUUGGCUUCGCUCGGCAGGCACCAUGAACCACACUUCUCAAGCCUUCCUUACUGCUACCACUGGAGGACACCCACCAAACUAUGAAAGAAUCAAGGAAGAGUAUGAGGUGGCUGAGCUGGGGGGAACCCCUGGAUCAGCUUCUGUCAGAACCACCGUGAUCAACAUGCCCAGAGAGGUCUCUGUGCCCGACCAUGUGGUCUGGUCCCUGUUCAACACACUCUUCAUGAACUUCUGCUGCCUGGGUUUCAUAGCCUACGCCUACUCAGUGAAGUCUAGGGACAGGAAGAUGGUGGGCGAUGUGACCGGAGCCCAGGCCUACGCCUCCACUGCCAAGUGCCUGAACAUCAGCACCCUGGUCCUCAGCAUCCUCACGGUUGUUAUCACCAUUGUUGCCGUCGUCAUCAUUGUUGUAAACGCUAGACAGCCUUUGAUUUGAUGGAGGACUCCUCUGGCUCUUGGUCCUGACACGUGCUUCACCGUCCACAGCUCCCACCUUCCUUGCCCCUUUACCCCUCCCUAUAUACAGAUGUAACACUCAUCUACCAUAGUAGAUUUAAUAAAGUGCACUAACAGCCA